GUUCAGGACCAUCGUUCGUUGACCUCGGAGCUGGCCGUAAACCUUGGCAAGGCGGUCAGCUCCAUCCCGUCCUACCUUGAGCUGACCGACCUGGUUCUCGUGCUCGCUCCGCCUGCCCGGCACGCCAACACCGGCAAGAUCUGCUCGUUCAAGAGCUGGCGCAACCGGGGCUGGUGCCGCCUAGAGUAUGCCGCCGCUACUCUGGCAACCAGGGACGUCCGCAUGCUCGUCGUACAGGGCCCCGAGUUCCGCCCCGACUUCAUGCACUCCCUCGACAUCAAUUUCCUCCGCCCGGGUCGUGGCGAGUUCUCCUGCUGCGCCGUGAAUCACGACUUCGGCUCGGGCCCAGUCGAAUGCGAUAAGCCGAAGAUCAAGAAGGUCAUGGUGACCAUGCUCGAUGCCAAGGUGAAUCACUUGAGCCAGACGCUCAGGCUCUUCGAGAUGCGCUACUUCGUGGUGAUGCGCAACUGGCUGCUGGCGGGGCUGGGCGAUGACGAGGCGCAAACAUGUCAGCCCGUCGGGGACAGCAGCAGCCCGGCGGUGUCGUUGCUGAAGAAGCGGCUGGGCUGGCGCAGCGAGGCGGAGGAGGCCGCGUGGGUCGAGGAGGAGGGCGCACCACUGCUGCUGUGGGCGGCGUGGGCCGACGACACGAAGGCAGUGGCCGAGCUGCUGAGGGAGCCCGCCGGGAAGGCCGCAGUGCACUCGGCGCUCCUGAAGACGCGGGAGGAGCUCGGCGUCGCGAAGGGCGCCACUGCGCUGCACCUCCUAUGCAGUAUGCCUCGCCGGAGACUUGCCAGCUUCUGCUGGACGCGGGGGCCAACCCUGAGGCCAUCGAGUCCUCCCACGGGAACGACCCUCUGAUGGGCGCGUGCCUCCUCGGCCGCGCGGACAACAUCGAGGCCUGGCUGCAGGCGAACCCUGGCUGGGACCUCGAGCGCCGCAACAAGUUCGGGAACACGGCGCUCAUCCACGCGUGCACCUUCGGCACCGACAAGCUGGCGACGGUGCAGCUCCUCAUCAGAAGGGGCGCUGACGUCCGCGCGCGGAACGACUUCGGCGGAACGCCGCUCAUCGACCACGCUUUCAACGUGGACGCCGACAACGAGGUGAUGAAGGCGCUCCUGGCGUCGCCUGGCAAGCCAAACGUCAACGAGCCGUGCAGUCCGCCGUCGGUUGUCUUCCGCACCGCCUGCACUCUCAUGCGCCUGGGGACCGCCCUCGGCUCCACGAACAAGAUUAUUCACUUCCUCGGCUCGGUUCCGGGCAACACUCCGCUGCACGACGCGGCGCUGCGAGGCAACGUCGAACUGUGCGAGCUGCUGCUGGCCGAAGGCGCCGACCCCACCGUGAAGAAUACCGUCGGCACGCCGCUCGAGUACGCACGCUGGUGGAUGAGCGGUUCGACUACUGGGCCAGCCCCGGGCGCGCUCGUGGCCAUCUUCGACACGUUCGCCGCAGCGCCAAAGUCGUCUCCUGUUGCAACUUGACAUUUGACACAUGCGCUUCUCCCUCGCUCCCUCUCUCGCUCUUGUCCCUGGGCCCCUUUACUCUUCUCCUCCUGCUCCCGCUCUUCUCUGGCGCGUGCGACAGUUCCUGCCCUGUACCCUUCGGGCCAAUGUUUGAGCUGGCUCUGGCAAAGCCCCAAGGCACUUCACUCAGUACCAUCCUGCUCCACAUCAGCGGACCCCUUUGUCUGAUAUUAAGUUUUACUGUGUCUUGUUUUGGUGCUGCCCUGACCGCCUGUUUUCCUGGUGCAGGCCUGGGGCAGUUAUCCCUCUUCGGGCCUCUUCUGAGCACAUCGCCCUGGCAGGGCACGGCGGGCUGGGCUCACCGGGGUCCCCAGAUCGUGGCGUGUUGGCGGCGAUGCGAUGGUGGCGUGUUGGCCGCCCGUUUCAUGGCGUUCGCGGACGGACGAGGGGGCGGUGUGUCACUGCCGCGGGCAGGGCCGAGCCGUGCGUGCUGCGGAUUCUCCCGUGGGCUGUCCCGCAGGCUGCUCUGGCGGUGGUCUAUAGUGACCCAUUCAUACACAUACUGCGCGCCAGCAGUCAAUGCCGCUCGGCAUCGGUUCGAUACUCAGCCGCUGAGUGAAAGCGGUCCGUUUUCCUCCGUCUCCCCCCUCCCUGUUUCUGAUUAUACGCGCCGUUGUGCUUGAUGCCAUCGAUUUGGCCGAUGGGGCCCCAUGGGAAUCACACAGCACUGCAGUUCACCCUCCCUGCUUUUGCCAGAUUCAACUCUCAGCCCGGCUGCUUAGUUUGCUUGGCGCCAUUGGGUUGCCAGUUUGCCGGGGCGACCUGCGUCAUGGCAUUUUUGCAAUCGUCCACCUCUUCUCCUCUGCCGUCCCUCCUUCCUCCUUUCCGUUCGCUACGUAUUUGUUGCUGUAGCUAAUGUGGUGGAGUGGGGUGACUGUGCUGCCAUCGUCAAACAUUUGGGCGGACCUGCUCGAACGCGGGGUCUCUGUGCACGAGCGGCGCUUCUCUGGUUGACGUUUGUGCCAUCCAGUGCGCCUUUCAGGUUGCAUCGUUCCCGUGGCGCGUGGACUCGGCGGAGCCAUUCGAAAAAAGGCGGGCACCGAGGGGAUCCCGAGCGGACCCCGAGAUGCCG